GCCUCGCCGGCCUCCACUUCCUCGAGCUGCCUCGCGCUCGCCCUCGCCCUCGCCCGACCGCCCGACACCGUGAGGCCGUGCCACCGAGCUGGGAUCUCCUCUGGCCCUGCUCCGGUCUCCGCCUCUCCGGACUCCGGUGGCCCUCAACCUGCGACCUGCGGCUGCGGCUGCGGCUGUGGCGGCUGCUCCCUGGCCCCGGACGGUGAGGCGGCGACCGACCGACCGACCGCCCUUGGCUGGCUUGACGCACGCCGGCUCGCCGCGACGCCGUCGCGCGGUGGUCCGUCACCCACGGUGCGGUGGCACCCGGCUGCCUGCCCCUCGGCCACCGCUAGCUCGCCAUGGCACCCUGCACAUCGCCACCCGCCGGCCCGUCCCUGCGAGUCGCCAGAUGAGGAGGGGAUGGGGUCAGAUCCCCCAUCCUUCGGUCUGAGCUUCAACGACUACAAGCCAAAGUAACACCACUGUUUUAGAUGGUUUUUGCAGGAUCUAGCCAAUCCUUCAGUUCUGCUUGUUUUUGUAGGAUCUAGCCAAUGAAGGAGCCUCUAUAGGAUUCCAUUGGAGGGAGAAGGCUCGUGCAAUAGGCUCAACUCUGCUUGGAAUUGGAAGAGAUAAGCAGAAACAUGGAUGUGGUGGUGGCUGAUGUUAGUCCUGCCAUUGAUAAUUGUGAUGAGAAGAUGUUGCCAAAGGUAGAUAUGCUGUUUGAUGGUGAAAAUGAGGCAUAUGAGUUCUACAAUGUGUAUGCAGAGAUGGUGGGCUUCUUUGUACGGAGAUCAACACUCUGGACAACGUCAAAGAACAUAAUCACUAGGAGAACGUUUGUUUGCUCAAGGGAAGGUUUUCGGGAGAAGAAGAGGGGCACCAAAGAAGCAAAGUGCCCGCGGCCUGAAACGAGAAUUGGGUGCCCUGCGAGCAUGACAAUUAGACUUAAUGCCAACGGCAAGUACCGUUUGACAGAGUUUGUACCCAACCAUAACCAUCAGCUUGCAACAGCAUCUACAAUGCAUAUGCUGAAGGCUAAGAAAAUCAGGCUUAAAGCACGGGCUGUGAGAGAAAAUCUGGUGGAUGAUACUGUGAGAACUCCAGAAUUUGAGAGUGAAGAUGAGGCAUAUGAAUUUUACAGCAUGUAUGCUGGGAAAAUUGGUUUCAACGUGAGACGAGCAAGCAUGACAAUGAAUGCUGAAAAUAUUAUCACCAGAAGGAUGUUUGUUUGUUCAAAGGAAGGUUUCCGUGAGAAGAAAAGAGGGGCAAAAGGAGUAAAGAAGCCUCGCCCAGAGACCCGAACUGGUUGUCCAGCAUGUAUGGUCAUUAGACUUGCAUCUAAUGGCAAAUAUCAUGUAACAGAAUUUGUUACUUUCCACAAUCACCCGCUUGGUGCAGCAGUGCCUUGUGAUCUUGUGGCAACAUCACAAAGUACAGAAACUGGUCAAGAUGAUGGAAUGGAUGUGGUUGAUGGUUCAGCUGAUGCCAAUAUCCACAAGCAAAAUCUUAUAAGUGAUAAUACCAUGGCAGCAUCUCUAGAAAGUAGAAUUAACAAAAGAUUCAAGUGUACAAAGGUUCCUCACAAUGGUGACAUAGGCGCUACUCUAGAGUACCUGCAAAAGAUGCAACAUGAUAAACCUUCAUUCUUCUUCGCAGUAAAAUCUGAUGAUGAUGGGAACUUGACGAACUUUCUAUGGGCAGAUUCAAAGUCUAUCAUGGAUUUUGUCCACUUUGGUGAUGUGGUAUGUCUUGAUUCAGCGUAUGCAUUGCAGGGCUAUGGUAGGCCACUUGCUUUGUUUACUGGUCUGAAUCAUCACAAGCAAACUAUUAUCUUUGCUGCUGCAUUGCUUUAUGACGAAAGUGCAGAAGCUUUUAGAUGGUUAUUUGAUGCUUUUAAGAUGGCAAUGAAUGGAACUCAGCCGAAGACAUUGUUAACUGAUAGAUCUGCUGCAAUAAGUGAAGGUGCUGCAGCAAGUUGGCCUGCGACAGCCCAUCGAUAUUGUGUCUGGCAAAUUUACCAAAAUGCUCUUCAGCAGUUGAGUCAAGCAUUUCAUGGGUCAAGAACCUUAGAAUAUAGCUUCAAGAAAUGCCUAUUUGAUUGUGAAGAUGAGCCUGAGUUUUUGACAGCAUGGAGAGAAAUGUUGGAAAAAUAUGACCUAGAAGAUAAUAAAUGGCUAGCGGACUUAUUCUCUCUUAAGGAGAAAUGGGCACUGCCAUAUGGUCGUGAUGCAUUUUGUGCCGAUAUGAAAAGUGUCCAGCAGAAGGAGAGCUUGGGCAUUGAGCUUAAGAAACACUUAUCCCUAGAAUUUGGCCUUUUAAGUUUCUUCCAGCAGUUUGAAAGAGUAUUAUGUGACCGCCGAUCUGCAGAAUUACAGGCUGAUGUGGAAGCUAGUCAGAGUACAAAGAAGCCACCGCCUAUGCGAGUGUUAAGGCAAGCUUGCAAUGUAUAUACACCUUCUGCCUUUAAAAUGUUUGAGAGGGAGUUUGAGCUAUACAUGGAUUGCAUGUUAUACAACUGUGGUGAGAUGGGCACAGUUUCGGAGUAUAAAGUAACCAUUGAGGAUAAUCAAAUGGAUCAUUUUGUUAAAUUUGAUUCGCUUAAUUCCAGGUUAAGUUGUAGUUGUAAGGGGUUUGAGUUCAUAGGCAUUCCAUGUCGCCAUAUGCUAAAAGUACUUGACACUAGGAAUAUCAAAGACCUUCCUCCUCAAUACAUCUUGAGAAGGUGGAGAAAGGAUGCUAAAUCAGGAUCUUCAAAUGGUAGUUAUUCAUUCCCAUUUGAUAGUGAUCCUCAGUUGGCUCAGACAAAACGUUACAAUUUGUUGUGUAGGAUAUUCAGCAUAGCAGCAGCUAGGGCUGCAACCUCUGUAGACACUUCUGCAUAUAUGGAAAACCAAUCAAGCAUACUUAUGGACCAAGUAGAACAAGCUCUUGAAACCAGGCCCCCGGACAUGGCUGCCAUAAUUGGAGCUCAUUCUAAUCAAACACAAAAUCCAAUUGACAAUAUUAUCACAGGUCUACACAACCACACUAAUUUCAUCAAUGGCUCAGCUGAUGGUUCUCUAACCUUUCCAUUUACAUUGGGUGCCGGUGCGUUGGAUUACCACUAGACAAGGACUAAUUUCAAGUGCUAGCAAUAAGGAGCUUCAUAUCCUGUACAGUAGAGCUUUUGUGGGAAUGCAAUUAUAUCCCAUCAGAAAAUACUAGGUCGUGUUCUUUUGAGUCAUUAGUCCUUACAAAUUAACCUCAGAGCUGAAAAUAAUGAUUGCUAGCCCAUCCAUUGUACAUGUAAUUUUCAGAUAGAAUUUCAGAAAUGCUGAAAAAGCUUCCAUCAAUGUAUGUAGAGUAGAACAAUAUCAGAAAGAGCCAUUUGGUCAAUAUUACCAAUAAUUAAUAGCCAUGUCAGCUCAACAAUACAUGUCUGUAGGAAUUAAAUUGUUUCUGCUGCAGACGUUCCAGUUUAGAGAAGGUUAUAGCAAUCUGUCUUCUGUCAGUGCAAUGGAUUGUCCACUUAUCAAUUGCAGAAACAGUUCUAUUCCCAUACCGUGAUUGAUUACGAUUUUCAAGCGCAAUUGCGCAAUGGAAUGCUGAGAAUGGAUGCAAAGGCAGGAUCUCAGUUGCUUCCCUGCUAUUGGCCUAGAAUAACCAAUCAAGUGGUACAGCACCUAUAUGGAGACUGGAGAGUAUCCAAAAGUUUCUAUGUAU